AUGGCCCCGCUGCUCCUGGGCGCGGUGAUGCUGGUGGCCCAGCUCCAGCUAGUGCCUUCCCGCCCCGCGGUGGUGCCAGGGAACGAGCCGGGCCAGCCGGAGCUGGUGCGGAAAGCGGCGACCCUCCAGGAUGAGAUCCCCAACGGCGCAGCCCCCAAUGGCUCCGCCCAGCAGCUGCCGCAGAUCAUCAUCAUCGGUGUGCGCAAGGGCGGUACCCGCGCGCUGUUGGAGAUGCUCAGCCUGCAUCCAGACGUGGCGGCUGCCGAGAACGAGGUGCAUUUCUUCGACUGGGAGGAGCACUACAGCCAAGGCCUGGGCUGGUACCUCAGCCAGAUGCCCUUCUCCGCCCCACACCAGCUCACGGUGGAAAAGACCCCCGCGUACUUCACGUCGCCCAAAGUGCCUGAGCGCGUCCACGGCAUGAACCCAGCCAUCCGGCUGCUGCUUAUCCUGCGGGACCCGUCGGAGCGCGUGCUCUCCGACUACACCCAAGUGUUCUACAACCACGUGCAGAAGCGCAAGCCCUACCCGUCCAUCGAGGAGUUCCUGGUGCGUGAAGGCCGCCUCAACGUGGACUACAAGGCUCUCAACCGCAGCCUGUACCACCUGCACAUGGAAAACUGGCUGCGUUUCUUCCCGCUGCGCCGCAUCCACAUCGUGGACGGCGACCGCCUCAUCAGGGACCCCUUCCCCGAGAUCCAGAAGGUGGAGCGGUUCCUGAGGCUGUCGCCGCAGAUCAACGCCUCCAAUUUCUACUUUAACAAAACCAAGGGGUUCUACUGCCUGAGGGACGGCGGCCGGGACCGCUGCUUACACGAGUCCAAAGGCCGGGCGCACCCCCAAGUGGACCCCAGACUCCUCAAUAAACUGCACGAAUAUUUUCAUGAGCCAAAUAAGAAAUUCUUUGAGCUUGUCGGCAGAACAUUUGACUGGCACUGA